AUGUACAACAUCAUUACCAUCUCCUUUCUCCUGGCCGAGCUGGUGGGGAGUAAUCCUCCACAAAGAAACUGGAAAGGAAUUGCAAUUGCCUUACUUGUUAUUCUCGUUAUCUGCUCCCUGAUUGUCACCUCUGUUAUACUCCUGACACCAGUUGAAGAUAACAGCUUGUCUCAGAAGAAGAAGAUAACAGUGGAAGAUCUCUUCAGCGAUGAUUUCAAAAUUCACGACCCAGAGGCUAGAUGGAUAACUGAUAAUGAAUUCAUUUAUAGAAACCAGAAUGGCACAGUGAUUCUGAGGAAUGUCGAAACUAACAAUUCAACAAUAUUAAUAGAAAACAAAAAAAUUGUGUCCUUAAAGGCUAUUCGAUAUGAAGUGUCACCUGACCGGGAAUAUGCACUUUUUGCUUUUAAUGUUGAACCAGUGUAUCAGCAUUCAUAUACGGCAUAUUAUGUCCUCAGCAAAAUACCUCAUGGGGAUCCCCAGAAUUUGUAUCCCCCUGAGGUCAGCAACGCAAAGCUUCAGUAUGCUGGUUGGGGUCCAAAAGGGCAACAGCUGAUAUUUAUCUUUGAGAAUAACAUCUAUUACUGUGCCCAUGUGGGGAAACAAGCCAUCCGAGUGGUCUCCACAGGAAAGGAAGGUGUUAUUUUCAAUGGGCUCAGCGACUGGCUGUAUGAAGAAGAGAUCUUGAAGACUCAUAUUGCUCAUUGGUGGUCUCCGGAUGGCACGAGGUUAGCAUAUGCAACAAUUAAUGCGUCCAGAGUGCCCACCAUGGAGAUCCCAGUAUACACUGGCAGCCUUUACCCUACUGUUAAAACGUAUCAUUAUCCAAAGGCUGGAAUGGAAAAUCCAACCAUUUCUUUGCAUGUGAUUGGUCUGAACGGACCUACCCAUGACCUGGAAAUGACUCCUCCAGACGAUCAGAGAAUGAGGGACUACUACAUAACCAUGGUGAAGUGGGCAACCAGCACCAAGGUGGCAGUAAACUGGCUGAACAGGGCCCAGAACAUGUCUAUCCUGACUCUCUGCGAUGCCACCACGGGAGUCUGCACAAAGAAACAUGAAGAUGAAAGUGAAGGCUGGCUGCACAGACAGAAUGAAGAGCCGAUUUUUUCCAAGGACGGUCGGAAGUUUUUCUUUGUCCGAGCAAUUCCCCAGGGAGGACGUGGGAAGUUCUACCACAUCGCCAUGUCAUCGUCACAGCCCAAUAGUAGCAGUGAUAACUUACAGUCUAUUACAUCUGGCGAUUGGGAUGUGACAAAGAUAUUGGCAUAUGAUGAAAAGAGGCAUAAAAUUUAUUUCCACAGCACAGAAGAUUUGCCAAGGAGGCGACACUUAUACAGCGCAAGCACAAAUGGAAACUUCAACAGGCGGUGUCUGUCUUGUGAUCUGAUUGAAAACUGUACUUAUUUCAGUGCAUCUUUCAGUCACAAUCUGGAAUACUUCCUACUGACAUGUGAAGGUCCCCGAGUCCCGAUGGUGACUGUUCACAACACAACCGAUGCACAGAAAAUUUUUGAGCUGGAGGUAAACGAAAAUGUGCAGAUGACUGUAAAUGACAGGCAAAUGCCUAAGGUAGAAUACAUGGAAAUCAAGAUAGACGAUUACAAAUUGCCAAUGCAGAUCCUAAAGCCAGCAACCUUUUCGGACACCGCGCACUACCCCUUGCUUUUGGUUGUAGACGGGACUCCUGGCAGCCAGAUCGUAACGGAAAGAUUUGAGGUGACAUGGGAAAGCGUCAUGGUCAGCUCUCACAACGCCAUCGUGCUGAAGUUCGACGGCCGUGGGAGUGGCUUCCAAGGCACUAAGCUGUUGCACGAGGUUAAGAGAAGAUUGGGCCUUUUGGAAGAGAAGGAUCAGUUGGAAGCUGUCCGGACAAUGCUGAAGGAGCAUUACAUUGAUAAAAUGCGAGUCGGUGUGUUUGGGAAGGAUUACGGUGGCUACCUGAGCACUUACUUGCUUCCAGCUGGUGAAGAGAACCAGGUGUUCGCCUGUGGAGCUGCUCUUUCCCCACUGACAGACUUCAAACUAUAUGCUUCAGCCUUUUCUGAAAGAUACUUGGGCUUGCACGGGAUUGAUAACAGAGCAUACGAGAUCACCAAAUUAGCACACAGAGUCUCAUUACUGAAGGAACAGACAUUUUUGAUCAUUCAUGCUACUGCUGAUGAAAAAAUCCAUUUUCAGCAUACUGCGGACCUUAUCACACACUUAAUUAGGGCAAAGGCUAAUUACAGCUUGCAGAUUUACCCUGAUGAAAGCCAUUAUUUUAACAAUGCAGCAUUGGAGCAGCAUUUGUACAACUCCAUCGUCAACUUCUUUGUAGCGUGUUUCCAAGUUCAGGACAAACUCCCGAUAGCCCCACUGAAAGAGGAGGAGGACGACGAUUAACCCUACUUGUCCGUGCUAAGCACAAGGCAGAUCUCUCUGACAAUAUGCAACUGGAUAAUUUUCCUGAAGAAAGAGAUGUUACAUUUAUAGCAUGUAUUUAA